AUGGCUUUGGACUACUCAAAUCCUCACAUGAGUCCAUUUCGCGAGUUUCAGAGGAUGAAGCACCAUCCACAUUUUGCUGAAAUUUUGACUGGUGGAAAUCGUAUUUCAUAUGGGGCCCGUGUUCUUAAUGAAGGGGGUUUCCAAGGCAUUCCUAGGUUAACAAUGCCUGGUGCUGCUUUAAUUGGCUGCUCCCCUGGCUUUUUAAACGUUAUGAAAGUGAAGGGUGUACACAAUGCUAUUCGGACAGGAAGGAUUGCUGCGGAGACUAUUUUCUCUGAACUGAUGAGCAACCCCAAUAUUACUUCAGAAGACGGUAAUGUUUAA